AUGCGACUUAAUGAACCGAAACAUUCCAAUUCAGUUUUUGCUUUUAAUUAUUAUUUUCUUUUUGGUUACAACCUUUCCCAUAAUUCUGCAAAAUAUGCAAAUUAUUUUUGCAGAUGUGUAGAAUUGAAUCCGGCAAAUUAUACGGUCUGGCAAUAUCGGCGUGCUUUGCUGAAAGCAUUGAAAAUUGAUCUGAAUAAGGAAUUUGAUUACAUUGCUGAGGUGAUCGAAGACAAUCCUAAGAACUAUCAAGUUUGGCAUCAUCGUCGAACACUGGUCGAAUGGACCAAUGAUGCGAGCCGUGAACUCGAUUUUACCGCACAAAUGCUUGAUGAGGAAUCGAAAAAUUACCAUGCCUGGCAGCAUCGACAUUGGGUUGUCGAAACAUUCGGACUAUUUCGCACCCAGGAACUGGAUUUCAGCGCUGCACUGAUGCUUGAAGAUAUGCGUAAUAAUUCGGCC